UGGCAGACCUUUGGCCCCUCUCCCUCGGCAGCGCACUUUAGAGUCGAGCUCAGCCCAUCUCAGAGCGAGCUCGACACCUGAGAACUCACUCCACUGAAGCGCGCGGUUCAGGUCGGAACAAGGAAGACCUCGCCUCGUUCCUUUGAGGCGCACCUCCUCCAUAGCGACGGAUCAACGCAACGUUUUUGUUAGAGUUCAGACGGAGAAAGAGCCUCGCGCUUAACCGGCUUAUCGCUUUUGCGCAUUUCACGGACGUCUCCAGAUGACGCGCAGGCGGCGGGUUGCUUUCAGCAUCUACAGGGGUCUGUGACGGAGAUCACGUCGAGGUGGAUGAUGGGUGUUCAUCUCCUCGUUGUAGUUUUCUCCUCUGGGAUUUUAACAUUUUUCAGGGACGCGAAUGGACAGGAAACGUUUAAUGGUUUAACUGGGUUCAGCCUUAACCCGCCGUACUUUAACCUGGCCGAGGGCUCUAGGAUUUCUGCCUCAGCAACCUGUGGUCAGGAUGAAACCGGCUCACCGAGAGAUGAUUUAUACUGUAAGCUUGUUGGAGGACCAAAUGUUGGACUUCCUACCCAAAAUAUUCAGGGUCAGUAUUGUGACCACUGCAACUCCAUCACACCAAACAACGCCCACCCUGUGACCAAUGCAAUAGAUGGGACAGAGCGCUGGUGGCAGAGCCCUCCUCUCUCCAGAGGAACGGUCUACAAUCAGGUGAACGUAACCUUGGACCUCGGGCAGCUCUUCCAUGUUGCAUACGUCCUAAUCAAGUUUGCCAAUUCACCUCGUCCUGACCUGUGGGUGCUGGAGCGCUCUGUGGACAACGGCAGAACGUUCACCCCCUGGCAGUACUUUGCACAUUCAAAGCGUGAGUGUAUCGAGCGGUUUGGAAAGCAGCCCAACGGUCGUAUAUUGAAAGAUGACGACCGGAUCUGCACAACAGAGUACUCACGCAUCAUACCUCUGGAGAAUGGAGAGAUUGUGGUUUCGUUGAUCAACGGACGGCCAGGAUCCAAAAACUUUACAUACUCACCAAUGCUGCGAGAUUUCACGAAGGCCACCAACAUCCGGCUGCACUUUCUCCGCACCAACACCCUGCUGGGCCACCUGAUCUCCAAGGCCCAGAGAGACCCCACCGUCACACGCAGGUAUUUUUAUAGUAUCAAAGACAUCAGCAUUGGGGGACGCUGUGUUUGUCACGGACACGCCCAGGUGUGUGGUGGAGGUCGAAACCUGGACAACCCCAACAGGCUCCAGUGUGAAUGCCAACACAACACCUGUGGCGAGUCAUGUGAUCGCUGCUGCCCAGGCUUCAACCAGAUGCCGUGGCGAGCGGCGACUGUUGACAGCCCCAACGAGUGUCAGCGUUGCCAGUGCUUCUCCCAUGCCUUUGACUGUUAUUACGACCCAGAGGUGGAAAAGAGGGGAGCAAGUUUAGACACCUUUGGCAGGUACAGAGGAGGCGGAGUCUGCACCAACUGCCAGCACAACACUGCAGGAAUAAAUUGUGAGAGAUGCAUUGAAGGAUUCUACCGACCUUAUGGAGUCUCUUUUGAGUCUCCCACAGGAUGUAUACCCUGCAGCUGUGAUAGAAGGAGAUCAGCUGGUUGUGAAAUGGGAUCUGGACGAUGUAUCUGCAAGCCACAGUUUGCUGGGGAGUACUGCGACCGCUGUGCUGCUGGAUACCAUCACUACCCUCAAUGCAUCUAUUACCCUGUUUAUCUGACAACCACCAAAUCACCUGCAGGUCCAAUUGUGGGACCCACUCGAUGCCCCUCAGGCUAUUUCAACCCCCCCAGCUGUCAGCAGUGCAACUGCGACUACAGAGGGACAGUGUAUGGCUUGUGUGAUGCUUUCGGGCACUGCCUUUGCCGUCAAAAUGUGGAGGGGGAGCGGUGUGAUCGAUGCCAAGCUGGACACUUCUCCUUCCCAAACUGCCAGGCGUGCCAUUGCGAUGGAGCAGGAGUGGCUGAAAGUGUGUGCAGUCCAGACGGUGGGUGUAUCUGCCUCUCCAACUAUGUGGGACAAGAGUGUGACCAGUGUGCUGCAGGUUACUAUGGAUACCCAGACUGUGCUGCCUGCCAGUGUUCACGAGAAGGCUCGUACGGCACAACGUGUAACCCGUUAACGGGUCAGUGCCACUGCUUCUCUGGUGUGGUGGGCCAGCAGUGUGAUCGUUGUGCCUCUGGGCUCAGGUUCCCCCAGUGCUCCGAGUCCAUCGGUGUAUGCAAUACAGCGGGAACAGAAGUGUUCGAUCCUCAGACGGGUUUCUGCCGCUGCCGGAUAAACGUAGAAGGCACGCUGUGUAACAGGUGUAAACCUCUCUACUGGAACCUAGCUGCAGACAACCCUCACGGCUGCACAGAGUGUCGGUGUGAUCUGAAAGGGACGCUGAGCGGUGUUGGAGAAUGUGAACAGAGAAGCGGUCAGUGUCACUGUAAGUCGAAUGUCUGUGGGCAUGCAUGUGACUCCUGCGAGAACGGAUACUUUCUGAUGCAGAAAAAGAACUACUUUGGUUGUCAAGCCUGUCAAUGUGAUGUUGGAGGUGCGGUAAGCUCAGCGUGUGAUGGGACAUCUGGACAAUGUUGGUGUAGGAAGAACGUCACUGGCCGUAGAUGUACAGAACCCGCACCAAGCUUCUACUUCCCCACCCUGCACCAGUUGAAAAUUGAGGUGGAGGAUGGUACAACACCAAAUGCCAGACCCGUACGCUUUGGGUUUAACCCCAAUGAAUUCCCAGGGUUUAGUUGGAGAGGUUACGCCAUAAUGUCACCUGCUCAGAGUGACGUCAGAGUAACAGUGCAUGUUGAUGUGAAAGACGGGAGGCAAAACUUGUUCCGUGUGGUUCUGCGGUUCAUUAACCCCAACAGCAUCAGUGUGACUGGUAACAUCAAGGCUACCGAUAACAGGCACUCUGCAGGGGCAGAUCAGAGUAAAGAAGUGAUUUUUCCUCCAAGCUCCUCCCCGUCUUUCAUCACUGUCCCGGGAGAGGGCUUUGCUGAGCCUUUCGCACUGAAUCCUGGGAAAUGGAUCAUUCAUAUAAGGGCUGAUGGAGUUCUCUUGGACUACUUAGUGUUGCUUCCUCAGGAAUACUACAAAGCCUCUGUGCUGCAGGAAGAGAUCACACAGCCCUGCACGUACUUACACACAGCAGACAAGGACGCAAACUGUCUGCUGUAUAAGCACGUGGCCUUGGAUGGUUUCAGCUUUGCACUCGCCUCACAGGGUAAGCUCACCACUCGUAGCAGACGGAGGAGGGGUAGGAGGCAGAUACGAGUCCAACGUCCCACACCGGAUCACCCGGAGAUGGCUGCUCUCAAUGGACGACAGUCACGCCUGGAGCUCAGUCUGCGUGUGCCUCAUCCAGGCCAUUAUGCUCUUGUUCUGGAGUACGCCAGUGAGGUGGACACUGUCCAGAAUGUCAACAUACUCAUCCGCGGUCAGUCAGAUGGACAGAUCUUAGCCAGGGCCAAUAUUUACAACUGUGCAUUCAGCUUUUUGUGCCGGAGCGUGGCAGUGAACAGCAGAAAUCAAGUAGCGAUGCUGCCGCUUUCUCACAGGACGGAGAUUCUUCUGCAAACUUCCACAACAUCAUUCCUUCUGUACAAAGUGUACGGGGUGCCAGCAGAAGAGUUCUCCGUUGAGUAUGUGGAGCCAAAGGUCUUGUGUGUUUCUACUCACGGUCGCUUUACUGAGAACAGUCGAUACUGUGUUGCACGGCAGCCUGAAAAGCUGUCCUCCGCGUGGGUUCUGCAUGCAACCCGUGAUGGGCGGCUGUCAUCCACACUUGUGGCUGCUCAUCAACCAGAGGAGGAUGAAGAUCUGGCACAGAGACAACACAACAUGUUUUUGGUCCAUGAGCCUCAAAGUGAUGGGACACUCCUUAAGUUUCCUCAGACUGAGAUCAGGUUCACACCAGCCGUGCCACUCCCAGGCAGGUAUGUGAUUGUGGUUCAUUAUCAUCAGCCUGAACAUAUUUCCUUCCCGGUGGAGAUGCAAGUACAUGCAGGGCACAAGUGGAAAGGCGUAAUAAAUGCAUCCUUCUGCCCUGCAGUCUCAGGAUGCAAGGAGGUUCUCAUCGCUGAUGGUCGCAUCACCCUCGACUUUGAGGAGAAUCCUUUGCAGCUUCCCACUAUCUCAGUCGCUGUCCCAUCUGGGAAGACUCUUGUUUUGGAUUAUAUCAUGCUGGUUCCUGAUAGCAGCUACACUCCAGAGCUCCUGAGAGAAAAGCCACUGGAUAAAUCUGCAAAUUUCAUAAAACUGUGCACCGGAGAUGGAUUCUAUGUUGAACCCAGAACAUCUUCCCAGUUUUGUAGAGACUCGGCCCGUGCUCUUGUAGCAGCGUAUAAUGGCGGAGCCCUGCCCUGUGACUGUAACAUGUCCGGUUCUACUGGGACCCUCUGUGAACCGAUUGGAGGACAGUGUCCCUGCAGACAGCACAUCAUUGGGCGGAAGUGCUCAAAAUGUGCCACAGGAUUCUAUGGAUUUCCUUACUGUAGACCCUGUCAGUGUGGCCGCCGACUGUGUGACGAGGUGACAGGACGCUGCAUCUGUCCUCCUCAGACGGUGAAGCCGAUCUGUGAAGUGUGUCAGAGUGAGACUUUCAGCUACCACCCUCUGCUGGGCUGCGAGAACUGUGGCUGCACUCCAAAAGGCAUAAACCCAGAUGCAGGGCUACAGUGUGAUCCCGUUACCGGACAGUGUAGUUGUAAGCCUCUUGUUGUUGGGCGGCAGUGUGAUCAGUGCUCCCCUGGUUACUACCGUUUCCCUGACUGUGUUCCUUGUGACUGUAAUCGAGGCGGUGUAACAUCCAACGUGUGCCACCCUGACACAGGAAGGUGUCUCUGCAAGAGGAAUGUUGCCGGGGUCAGGUGUGACACGUGUCAGGAAGGCUCCUUUUUUUUUGACCCAUCCAACCAUCUUGGCUGCACAAGCUGCUUCUGCUUCGGAGCAACUGACCGGUGUCAGAGCUCUAGUAAACGGAGAGGAAAGUUCGUUGAGAUGCGAGGCUGGCAUUUGGAAACCCCCGAGGAAGAGGAGGUUCUCUCUGUCUUGAACACAGUCAGUAACACAGUGGUGGCAGAUGUCCAGGAGCUUCUCCCCGCUGUUCAAACUCUUCACUGGGUGGCACCUCAGACCUACUUGGGAAACAGGGUUUCAUCUUAUGGAGGUUUCCUCACAUACCAGUCCAAAUCCUUUGGGAUUCCCAGUGAGGGAAUGAUUCUCGUUGCCAGAGGACCUGACAUUGAGCUGACUGGUCAGGAUAUGAACCUGAUCCACGUGGCUCCACACGCUCCACUUCCAGACAGACUGUAUCAGGGUAGAGUCCAGCUUCUGGAGGGAAACUGGCGUCAUGCUGGUACCAACAGGCCUGUCUCCAGAGAGGAACUCAUGAUGGUCUUGGCAGAUCUGGUGGCCCUGAAGAUCCGAGCCUUGUACUUUACUCAGAGCCAGAGGCUCAGCUUGGGGGAGGUGGGUCUGGAGGAGGCUACCGACUCAGGGACUGGAGGUCCUGGAAACACUGUGGAGGUCUGCUCCUGUCCUCUUCAGUACACUGGAGACUCUUGUGAGAGAUGUGCUCCUGGUUUCUAUCGAGACAGGAACAGACCUUACCUGGGCAGCUGUGUGCCCUGUGAGUGCAACGGUCUGGCUUAUGAGUGUGAGGACUGGACUGGGAAGUGUCUGAACUGCCAGUACAAUACAGCCGGUGACCGAUGUGAACGCUGCAAAGAAGGUUACUAUAGCAACGCGGGGGACAGGACAUGCUCUUUGUGCCCGUGCCCGUUCAGUGUCCCCUCUAACAGUUUUGCGAUCGGCUGCAGGAACGUGUUUGGAAGCGUUGAGUGUUUCUGCAAACCGGGCUACGCUGGAGUCAGAUGUGAGAGCUGUGCUCCUGGUUACUACGGCAACCCGCUGACACCAGGAGGAAGGUGCAGACCAUGUAAUUGCAACGGCAACAGUAACGACUGUGAUCCCAGCACUGGAGUCUGCAGCAAUGCUCUGGAGCCAGGAGAUACCAGCACAGACGGCCAAUGCCGAGAAUGUGAUAAUUGUGUCCUGACUUUGCUGCAUGAUUUGGAAAACCUUGACGAUGAGCUGGCGAGGAUGAAGACUCAGCUGGGGAACAUCUCUGUCAGCGACACCUCUAAGGACAACCUGGCCAAGCUUGAGAAGGCCAUAGCAGAGGCAAAGAUCCUUGUUGAAAGAUACAGCUCUACCAUAAACACUCAGAAGUCCAAAGUGGGUCAGCUGGAACAGGACACAGAUAACCUGUCAGAUGAUAUUAGCUUGCUCAACAACAAGGUGGACGAACGGGCGGCGGAAGUUGAAAAAGAGUUGGAAAAUGUAGAAAAAACCCACAGAAGAGCAAAAGAUCUGAACACAGAGAUUCAAAACUUACUGAACAAUAUAAGAGAUUUACUCAGGCAGCUGCGGGAUCAAAGCGGUAGAGGAGAUUCUUUGCCUAACGACAGCGUGACUAAAAUGCUGGCGGAUGCUCAGCGCAUGGUGAAGGAGAUGGAGGAUAGAAACUUCUCCCCCCAGAUGACAGCUGCCAAAAAAGAAAAAGAGGAAGCUGAAAAAUUGCUGGACUUCAUCAAAACAAAUGUCAGUAAGCUGUGUGACCAAAACGAGGCGGCAGCAGAGACGAUCCGGGGCCUUCUGAAGGACUACAAUGCCAAGCUGAAGGCGUUAAAUGAGACUUUGAAGAAUGCAUCAGACUUGGUGAACAAAGCCAACACCCAGAAUGAUCUCAAUGCUAAGACACUGAAAGACUUGCAGAAACGUAUUAAGGACUUAGAAAAUGAGCGGAAAGUUGUAGAAGACCAGAUGGCCAUGGCUAAUAAUGAACUUCAGAACACAGAGGAUUUCAUGAAAAUGCUCCUGGACAGCAAAGCGGACUUUGAAAAGUUGAGCGCAGAGCUUGAUGGUGCCAAGGCUGGGCUGACUGCAAAAGUGGAUGAGAUCAUCAAGGCCGCAGCCAAGAAAGACAUUGUGGAGGCUGCAGAGGAACAUGCGAGAAACCUAACCCAGUUAGCUAAAGACCUUGUAGACGCUGUGAAAAAUGCCAGUGGACUUACCGAGGUGCGUGAUGCAAAAAACGCCAUUGAGGCCUACAAGAACAUCACAGAUGCCAUAAAUGCUGCAGAAGCAGCUGCUAAUGAGGCCAAAGUUGCUGCAGACACAGCGCUGGAUAAUGUAAUUAAUCAGAACCUCACUCAAAAAUCAAAAGAGCUGAAGGACAAGGGUGAUACUCUGCUAAAAAGUGCACAGGACUCAGAAAAAGAUCUUCAGGACACGGCUAAGGAUCUCAGUCAGCUGAAGUCUCGCCUGGAAAAAGCUGAGAACAAGAAGAAAGCUCUCGAGAAGGACCUCCUGGAUGUUCAGAGCCAAUUAAACGCCACUAAUACAGAUGAUGUUCGACGGAUGAUCGAAGAUGCAAAGACAAAAGCGGCUUCUGCCAAUAACUCAGCCACUAACACAAUGAACAGACUCAACGACAUCAAACAGCAGAUCGAUAAGAUCCAAAUCACCCCCACAAAUGCCAACCUAAGCAACGCACUCAAUGAUGUGGACCAGUCUGUGAAGAAUCUGCUGAACACGAUCCCAUCUCUGACUCAAAAGAUCUCAGAGGUGGAAAACCUGACCUCGCAGUUCCCACAAGUUAACAACAUCACAGAGAGCAUAAAGAACAUCAAGGAGCUGAUAGAACAAGCUAGAGAUGCAGCCAACCGGGUUGCAGUCCCUAUGAUGUUUACUGGGGACUCUCAUGCAGAGCUGCGUCCACCACAGAACCUGGACGAUCUGAGAGCGUUCACAGCUCUGUCACUGUCACUGCAGAGGCCCACAAGCAGGGGAGACGGAGCUCGCAGACGCAGGCAGACACCAGGAGGCCUGUUUGUGUUGUACCUUGGCAACAGAGAUUCCUCUAAGAAUUACAUCGGCCUGGUUUUGAGGAGCAACAUUCUGUACGGCUUGUACAAACUCAACGGCGUCGAAUAUGAGAUACAGUCACAUUCCAUUACGACGUCUGACUCGGAGCAGUCCCUGUUCGACCAAGUGGACUUUCGCAGAAUUUACCAAGAUGCACAGGUCAUCUUGACCAAAAAAAUAUCCUCCAAAAAACCAGAUGAUCCAUUUUUUAACAGCAAGCAAGGACAGGAGUCCAAAGACCUCAUGGAUCUCAGUCCUAGUGACGUAGUUUUCUACGUCGGAGGCUACCCUGCUAACUUUAAUCCGCCAGCCUCCAUGAGGUACCCAAAUUAUACAGGCUGCAUUGAAUUCUUCUCUUUCAACGACAAAAUUCUGGGUCUCUACAAUUUCCAAAGUGUAGAGAAUGUGAACAAGGUGUCUCCUUGCAAAAGAUACUUACUUCCAGUUGAUUCGGACUUUUAUGAAGGCACCGGGUAUGGAACAGUGCCAAUAGAUCAAGGAGUCUCUUCACUGUUCAGGGGUGGGAUGAGUGUCCUUACUUACUCCAAAAACGGGCUGCUCUUUUUUAUAGAAGGCCAGGAUGAAUAUUUGUUUUUGACCAUAGAAAACGGAGCCAUAUUUUUGUACGGUUCUCAACUUAAACAGUCUCCUGUCGGCUUGCCAGAUAACAAGAAAAUAUUCCCAGCAACACAAGGGAUUGACAUUAACCUAAUUAUGACCACCAGUGGAGUACUUCGACUAAGCGUGGGCGAUGAACAAAUUCAGCUCAGUGGCAUUCCAUACAGUCUCAAAGACUUCAAAGCAUUCUAUCUCGGUGGUUUAACACAAGAUCUGAGGGACAAAUUUAACAUCACUACACGACCAUUAAAGGGAUGCGUGAAAAAUUUCAAGCUGAACACAGUCUUCCAGAGUCUGACGGAGUCGGUGGGCAUAAGUAAAGGCUGCCCUACAGCUUCACUUAUUUCACGCAAAGCACAGUUCAGUUUGGGGAGCUCCCUUUCAACCAGCAUCACAGGCAUCACUUUGGGCGAUGACAUCACGAUUUCUCUUGGAUUCAAGAGCACAGAGAGUCAGGGCCUUAUUCUGCAGGACAAACAACUGGCCAAUGAGGUUGGCCUUACGUUGGAAAAUGGCAAUGUGAUUUUGAGUUUGGACGGCAAGAUGUGGAAAUCUAACAAACAGUACCAUGAUGGGCUUUGGCAUUACUUGACUGUCACCAGAAGAGGAGGAAGCACUAUGUUGCGUGUGGACGAUGACGAUAUUGGUCAAGUACAGCCUGGUACCACAUCCAUUCCUGAGACAGGUGGUGAAGUGGUUCUGGGAAAUGGGAAAUUUAGCGGCUGCAUUUCCAACUUCUACACUAGGAGGCCUGGCAACCUGUACAAAGCUGAGGACCUGAGCAGCUUUCAGGAUUCUGGAGAGGUCAAGCUGGAUGUGUGUACGGCCAUCAGUCCAGUUCAACUGAUGCUCGACCGCAACGCAAAAAAGGACAGCGUGCUGCAAGUAAUAAAUGAAAGUGUAGCUCAGUGUGAGCUUCCUGCUCAAGUACAUCAUGCUUACCGAAUGAGUGGACCAGCUAGCAGCCUGACCUAUAGCCUUCCACUACAGGUUUUGCAGCCCAGGCCUCAUUUCUCUCUUGAUGUGAGGACUCGGUCUCCUGAAGGUCUGCUGUUCUUUGCUGCAACCAGAGGAGGGCAAUCUCACCUGGCCUUGUACAUGUCCAAAGGCAGGAUCAGGCUGUCAGUGGCCAAACAGAAAGAGAUCUUCAAUCGAGAGAAAUACAACGAUGGAAAGUGGCACUCGGUUGUAUUCAGUCUGGAAAAGAAGAAGUUCAGAUUGGUCGUGGAUGGGAUUAGAGCUCAGGAUGGUCAGCUGACAAGUGCUGAGCUGAAAUCCAUGCAGCAGUUCAUGCCGCCUGUUUACCUGGGCACUGCCCCAGAGAUCUUUCACAAAGAGCUAAAGUCAAAGGCCCUUCCGAAACAGAGUGUGUCUGGUUGCUUGCGUAACUUUAAAAUGAAUGGAGCCCAAAUGUCCAACCCAACUGCCAACCACGGUGCAGGACCCUGCUUUGAGGGGCAGACGCAACGAGGGGUGUAUUUCUCAGGAAAUGGAGCGCAUAUUGUUAUUAAUGAUUCUUUUGUCGUGGGUUCCACCUUGGAGCUGCUGUUUAACGUACGUCCUCGCACUCAGUCAGCCCUCCUGCUCCAUGUUGGGGAUUCCAGUAGGAAUCCAGAUGUGAUGGGCCACUUUCUCACUGUCUACAUGUUCCGAGGAGAGGUGGUGGUGAGGGUGAACCAAGGAAAAGGAGAGUUUGUGGUGUCGGUGAAGCCAAAAACGUCUUUAUGUGAUGGAAACUUUCAUAAAAUUUCAGUGAUAAAGAUGAAAAAUGUAAUACAGCUAUCUGUGGACACAACAGACAACUACAAGAUUGGACCACCUUCUUCCACUUUCACUUUGACCAGAGACCCUCUGUUUGUGGGUGGCGUUCCUGGAACGUUGCAUCAAAUGUUGCCGGUAAAAUCGCCCUUCGUGGGAUGCAUCCAGGAAAUGAGGAUCAAUGACGUACCAGUCUCCUUUGACAGGUCGUCAGGCGUGUUUGGCUCUUUGAACCUCAAAGAAUGCCCAGGCUGAGCAGAAACAUCUCACCGCAUCAUGAAUCAAGAAACCUUUGGGACCAUGUCCACCACCAGCUAUGUGCAAUCUGUCAAAAGACCGAGAAUGUGUUUGUGUGUCAGAAUGUGUGAAUUGAGGAGUGUUUUAUGUGUGUGAGUGUGAGCAGCAGCCAACAGGUAAAUCAUUUUUGCUGCUUUGUUAUAAAUGUAUAUUUAUUUUGUAAAAAUAAUCAAAUAUGUCAUUUCUGAAUGCAUUUUGAAACAGCUGCAACAUAGUCAGGUGUGUCGGUCCAGUGCUUUGUCAACAUCAACCAAAUGCUACUGAACAGGUGUGUGAUUGGUCAGGACUUUGUUAUGGUCAUCCUGCACUUUAAGAAAACAAACAAUGCAUUCUUUAUGGUGCUGUAAUUGUGAUGAAGAAAACUAACUGAUGUCAUUUGUUUGUAGGUUUUUCUUUAGCUGAACUCCAAAGUUUAUACAAGAAUAAUUACGUUUACACCUUCUGUGCUUAUUUGAACUACAUUUUUGAGGUUUCCAAGCUAUUAUGUACUCAUAUUCACAAGCCAGCAUGUAGACUUCUGUGCUUUAAUGAGUUGAACACACACCGUGGUUUUUGCACCAUUUUUCCUUCUCAUUUGUUUUGAGAUGUCCUCCCAUUUUGCAUUCCUUCUGCAUGGAAUUUUUUUCAAUAAUUUUAUUUACUCCAUGAAUUUAGCAUUUUUCUGUUAAAAAACUGGUCGGAGGCUAAUUGCUGUUUUAUUUUUAUUCUGAACAGUUAUGUUUGGGACCAUUUAAUGAAGUUACCACAUAUUUUGAACAAAUUGAAUCUUAUCCACAUGCAAGUGUUUACCUUUUUCUUUUGUACAUUUAUAUACGAUUGAAUCAGAAAACAUGUGUAAAUUAAAAAAGACAGUUUAUUUGGAUACAUUUGGACAUGCAUUCCUACCUUAUGACUCAUUUCCAUCAGUGUUGUUAUAGUUUUCUUGUCAUAAAAAUAUAAUUCGAAUGAA